AUGCCUGGGAUAUUCAGGAGUUCACUCGAGUUGAAGAUGGACAUUCCCACUGAUACUGUCAAAGAACGUACGAGGCAUACAAGAGCUUAUAAGAUUCCAUAUAUUGAUGUUUUAGGGUUGAUAGGUUUGAGAUCUCGGUUGAAAAGGGAUGUUCUUCGUGACUUCAAUCAUGAUUAUGGCAAUUUGCUUUCCAUCCUCAAUACAUCUUUUGAUCCAAUGGCUUUGAUCACCUUGUUUCAGUUCUAUGAUCCGCAGUUGAGAUGUUUUACAUUCCAAGACUAUCAAUUGGUCCCAACGCUCGAGGAGUUUUCUUACAUACUCAACAUCCGAAUCACUGAUGAUGUACCUUUUGUUCGAGUUCCUGAGGUUUUGAGGUUUGAAAGGAUAGCCGAAGCUCUUCACAUGGGUAUAAAGGAGGUAGAAAGAAAUUGGAAAUCAUCGGGCGGUAUUCCUGGUUUCUAUCUUUGCUUUCUGAUUAGUAGGGCUGAGGAUGCGGCUAAGAAAGAGCAUUGGGUUGAUUUUAGUCGUUUGCUUGCUAUCAUGAUCUAUGGCAUUGUCUUAUUCCCAUCAAGAGAGAACUUUGUGAGUUUGUCGGUUCUUGUCUUCCAUUGUUGUAUAAGUGGUUCAUGUUGCAUUUGCCGGUGGAACUAUUGUGUGGGGAAGGUUUGGAACAUCAUCACCAGUUGCGGUCAAUAUCCCAAUGUUCCUCUCAUGGGAACCAGAGGCUGCAUUAGUUACAAUCCCACGCUCGCUUACCGUCAAUUGGGAUACGUAAUGGAAGAUCCUUUGCAACUAGAAAAGAUAGCGCAUGCUUGGACUAAGGUUCACAAGAGAGAUCAGACUACUUUGAGCAAGAAGGUUCCUAUUUCUAUGGGUCCUUACAAGAAGUGGGUUGAAGCAAGAGUGGCAGAUCUGUUGUUGCCAUUUGCGAGGUCAUGCCCAUUGUACGAGCAACCUCCCGUGGUUUUAUCUGAUACAGUUGCGGCUGAGCUCUAUAUUCAAGCCAAGGCGGACAACAUCAAGCUAAAAGCAAAGGACAAAGAGGUUGGCUUGGAGAGGUAUUUUCAAGAUCACAAAAAGGCGGAAUUGGCUCGUAAGCUCAAGCAUGCACAAGGUGAAGGUUCAAACAUGAAACGUGCUCAAAGGCGAUCUCAUGACUUGAUGGAAGAAAGCUUGUACCGAAAACAGCAAGAAUGUGCGAAGUUGCGAAGGUCUGAAAACAAUAGCAAGAGAAAGGUGCAGGAUUCAGAAAAGCAAUUGAUGGAAGAAAAAGCCAAGUCAGCUCAUCUUGAAGAAGAGCUCGCAAGACUCUGA